AAACAACGAAUGAAACAUAUGGAGUAAUUUUUUGUUAAUACGCAAGAAGUUAUAUGAUUAGCUUAUGAAAGAAGCCAUGCUCUUAAAGUGUGGGGUUAUCCCCUAUGAUCUUUAUUAAUUUAGAUUCUUUUGCAUAGGAACAUGUUGAGUUCCUACUCAUGGCUAGGAAGGCAUAAGAAGAAGAAAGGAAAUGAUGGUGCUUCUUCAUCAAGAGGGCCGAGGCAUCCUAGUACACCUAGAGUAGAUCUAGGCCCUGUAGCACCACGAUUGUCUUCACGACUUAACAGGAGUAAGCCGACAAUCGUGAUUGAGGAGGAGGAUUCUUUGAGGGAUUUGAGUUCACACUUCCACUUUUCAAGGAGAUCCUUGAGUCACACCAGCAGAAGGCUAUCUAUUGAUAGCAAGAGAUCAAGGAGCAUGAAUGGACAGCUCCCACCAGAGUUUGAGGUGAUGGAGACUGAUAAUAGUUGGAGAUUCGAGAGGACACAACUGAAGCUCUCAUGCAUCCCUUCCUCCAGUUUCUCGGUGGGUGUCCUAGUCCAUGAAGAUAACAAGAUGGGAUGAAUUGCCUGUAUAUAAAUAAGGAGAGCUAAACUAGCGAGACUUCGACCAGUACCAAGGAUGAGGAACACAACUGAGACAUAUAUUGGAUGAAUGUGGUCUCUUGUCAUUACUCAGUUAGGAGAGAGUAUAUAUAUAUAUGUCCUCGCUCAAGAGUUUUUGGCCACAUUGACAAUUGAGGAAGCCAAGACCUUGAGUGCGAUUUGCAUUUCCUAUAUGUAGACACCACUUUUUGUCCGAGUUUAAAUAUUAAUUAAAUAAAUUUUAAUUUUCGUU